AUGAUGUUAAUAAUAAAUGUUUACCAAUUCGAGAAGUUGCAGCUAAUUUUCAAUUAGCUGCCUCAACUGUUCAAAGUAUUGUUGAUGUUUUUGAUCGAGAAAAUCAAAUUGCUCCUAAACCACGAGAUCUAAAACAAAAAUUAGUAGACCAAUUUCCAAAUAUUCAGAUAUGUGAAAGAACUGUUGCACGAUAUGUAACAAAUCUAGGUUUUACUUUAAAACGGCUUACAGUUGUACCAGAAGGCCGUAAUACUCCUGAAACAAUUCAAAAAAGGAAAGAUUAUGUACAAAAAAUCUAUAAUGAAAAUAUUAACAUUUAUAGUGAUAUAGUCUAUAUCGACGAAACUGGCUUUAAUUUACAUCUUUCCAAAUCAAGAGGUCAUGCACACCGUGGUCAACCUGCUAUUCGUAAAGUUGAAAGUAACAGAGGAAAAAAUAUCUCUGUUAUUGCUGCAAUUAAUGAAAAUGGAGUCUUGUAUCAUAAAUCCAUUUUAGGUUCAGUAAAUUCAGAAAUUUAUGCUACUUUUAUUUAUGAGCUUAUUAAUAUUAUUCCAAAUA